AUGAUUGAGAUUACAAUGGUUUUUGUGCAUAUUCACCUCCUUUUGGGGGUUGCUAGCUCCUUGGUUAUUCACGCAAUCCCCUGGAAGGUACCCUGUCCUCAUCAGUGUGUAUGCCAGAUCAAACCCUGGUACUCACCCCAGUCUGCGUAUAGAGAGGCUCCAACUGUUGACUGUAAUGACCUGCUCCUCACUCAUUUGCCCACUUCCCUCCCUCCAGAGACACAAACACUAAGGCUACAGAGUAACCUUAUCAGUUCAGUGGACCAAAGUGAACUCCAGGGUCUCUCCAAUCUAACUGAGCUGGAUCUCUCCCACAACAGUUUCAUCAGCACCCGUAACUUGAGAAUCACUGACCUGCCAGUUCUUCUAAGCCUCCACAUGGAAGAGAAUCAGCUGAGGCACCUACCUGAAGCAGCUUUCUCUGGACUGCCUAACCUUCAGGAAUUGUAUCUCAAUCAUAAUAGGCUCAGAAGUAUUUCCCCAGGAGCUUUCAAAGGUUUAGGUAACCUUUUAAGGCUUCAUCUCAACUCUAACCACCUAAUGAUAAUUGAUAGGCGUUGGUUCCAUGCUUUGCCUCAACUAGAAGUACUCAUGACAGGAGGAAAUCCAGUGGACACUAUCCAAGAUCUCAACUUCAAACCUCUUGGAUCCUUACGCAGCCUGGUCCUGGCAGGUAUGGGCUUACGUGAGAUAUCAACGCGUGCUCUAGAAGGACUUCUGAACCUGGAAAGUAUUAGCUUCUAUGACAACAACCUGACCAAAGUCCCAAAAGAGGCACUGCAGAAGCUACCAGGCUUGAAAUUUCUGGACCUUAACAAAAACCCAAUUCAGCUGGUGCAGAAAGGGGACUUCAGAGACAUGCUUCACCUGAAGGAGCUUGGCUUGAACAACAUGGAGGAUCUGGUGUCGAUUGAGCACUCAGCAAUGGAAAACCUCCCUGAACUGACAAAGCUGGAAAUCACAAACAAUCCAAGACUGUCAUACAUUCACCCUCAGGCUUUCCAGAAGCUACCACAUAUGGAGAGCUUGAUGCUCAACAGUAAUGCCUUGAGUGCUCUGCAUCGUCAGACUGUUCAGUCUCUGCCAAGCUUACAGGAGAUCAGUCUGCACACCAAUCCCAUUCGCUGUGACUGUCUUAUUCGCUGGGUGGGAGCAGAGGAUGACAAGCCAGUUCGUUUCAUUGAACCACAGUCUACAUUCUGCUCAGAACCUCCAGAAUUGAAAGCAAGACGAGUGAAAGAAGUUUCCUUUAGGGAGAUGGCAGAUAGCUGCCUCCCUUUGAUUGCCCCAAGCAUGUUCUCUUCUUACAUUCAAGUGAAACACGGGGACAACAUAGCCCUGCAUUGCCGAGCACUGGCAGAACCAGAACCAAGUAUUUACUGGGUCAUUCCAAAAGGUUUGAGAUUAACUCCCUCCACAAGAUUUGGACGUUACCAGGUUUUAACAGAGGGCACUUUGGAAAUAUUUGGAGUCACCCCUGAGGAGGCUGGUUUUUACACUUGUGUUGCACAAAAUCUAGUUGGGGCUGACACAAAGAGUCUAACACUGAAAGUAGAGGGAUCUGACAAGACUCAAAUAACAAACGAUCAAAGAAAUGAAGACAGUCUUGAGGUCCAUGAUGUUAAAGAACGGUAUGCUUUACUGUCUUGGCAAACUGGCCAUAACAUCCCUGCUGCCCAAAUCUCUUGGACAGCCAAUGGAAGUCUGGAAGACCACCACAAGCAUAGCACUAGAAUACUAGCUGGUACUAGGGGCUUUAACUUAACCCGCCUCCAACCAGGAACCCAUUACAAGAUUUGCCUGCAUAUGGGGCCAAAUGACACCUCCUGUGUCCAUCUCAGGACUAAAGAGGUGCUUCUACUAGUUCCUUCCUCAAACAUCACCCCAGUAUUCCUACUGGGUGUAUCAGCAUUUUUCCUCAUCCUUUUGGCAGCCAAAACUUGUCAUGGGAGGACAAUGUAUGACUGGAAUGAGUUUGAGAAGCCCCAUUUCACCAUUUUGACGCAGGAAGCAAAGGCUUUCAUGGCUCCAGAUUCACUUCAGCAGUACAAAGAUAAACUCUCAGAAGGAAGUGGAAAGGUGCUCAAUGAUGCUAAGCCAGUGCAAGAUGUUCUGGGUCCUGCAAAAGAGGCAUUUUAAGAUACAGGAUGUACAACAGCUCAAAGGGAAUAUGACAGAGAAGCCGUACAAACUUUGUAAAGCUACUCAAAUUACAGCUCACAGUCAAUACUAACAGUCCACUGAAAAAAAAAAAAAACAUUGCUUUUCUUGCAAGAUUACAAAGGUCCCAAGUAUAAAUACAGUGUCAUGAGAUUUC